CCAUGAGUGAGGUGGGCUGGCUGGCUUGCGGGGCCCUCUCCCUGCUGGCCAAUGCCUGGGGCAUCCUGAGCGUGGGCGCCAAGCAGAAGAAGUGGAAGGCGCUGGACUUCCUGCUGUGCGCGCUGGCGGCCACACACAUGCUCAACGUGGCGGUGCCCGUGGCCACCUAUGCCGUGGUGCAGCUGCGCCACCGCCGCGCCCACGACGAGUGGAACGAGGGGCUCUGCAAGGUCUUCGUGUCCGCCUUCUACACCCUCACGCUGGCCACCUGCUUCUCCGUCACCUCCCUGUCCUACCACCGCAUGUGGAUGGUCCGCUGGCCUGUCAAUUACCGGCUGAGCAACUCCAAGAAGCAGGCGGUGCACACGGUCAUGGGCAUCUGGAUGGUAUCCUUCAUCCUGUCGGCCCUGCCUGCCGUGGGCUGGCACGACACCACCGAACGCUUCUAUGCCCACGGCUGCCGCUUCCUGGUGGCCGAGAUCGGCCUGGGCUUCAGCGUCUGCUUCCUGCUGCUCGUGGGUGGCAGUGUGGCCAUGGGCGUGGUGUGCACGGCCAUCGCCUUGUUCCAGACACUGGCGCGGCAGGUGGGGCGCCGGGCCCCCCACGGCACCUUCACGGUGCCCGCCAUUGUGGUGGAGGACGCCCAGGGCAAGCGUCGCUCGUCCAUGGACGGCUCCGAGCCCGCCAAGACCUCACUGCAGAUCACGGGCCUGGUGGCUGCCAUUGUGGGCGUCUACGACUGCUUCAUGGGCUUGCCCGUGCUGGUGGUGAGUGCCCGCAGCCUGGGGGCGGAUGCCGAGGCGCCCUGGAUGGCGCUGUGCGUGCUGUGGUGCUCAGUGGCCCAGGCUCUGCUGCUGCCUCUGUCGCUCUGGGCCUGUGACCGCUACCGUGCCGACCUCAGAGCCGUCUGGGAGAAAUGCGCCGCCCUCCUGGCCAGCGACGAGGACUCGGACGACAGUGAGGAUGACGCCAGCCUGGACGGCGGGACGGGCCCGGACCACCCGGUGCCGCAGCGCUCCCUGAGCUCCCUGAGCUGCAGCGGCCUGGCGGGGCGCCCCGUGGGCCUGGACGGGGCACUGGCCCGGCCGCUGCCCGAGCUCGGCCCGCAGGGGAAGACAGCGCGCUGCCUGCAGGUGCCGGCCCCGCGGCGCUCCUCCCACGACGGCGCGGACCUGUGGCUCGCCCGGGGAUCGCGCCGGGGCUCGGCCGAGGACGCGGCCCGCCUGGCGCUGCCGUCGUCGGAGCUGUGGGCCUCGGCCUCGGCCUCGCAGUUGCCCCCUUUCGAGCUCACCGCCUUCGAGCGCGAGCCCAGGGCCCUGCGCCGCCCGCCCGCGACCUGGACCCAGCCCUGCACCCACGCCCGGGACACGGCGUCCUCGGGCUACAUCACGCUGCGCUCCUCAGACUCGCUGGGCUCGGCCGCUUAG